ACCCUAAUCUCCCGCAAUUUGCCCUAUUAUUUCGUUUCUUCCCUGUAAUUCCAGUCAUGGGAACUGAGAUCCAAGACGAGGGCUUGAAGAAGCUAGAGUAUCUGUCCCUUGUCUCAAAGGUCUGCACUGAGCUCGAAUCCCAUCUUGGGUUUGGUGACAAGGUACUGGCUGAGUUCAUCACUGAUAUGGGUAGUAAAUGCGAAAGCGUUGAUAGAUUUGACUCCAGUUUAAAGGAGAAUGGUGCUGAGAUGCCUGAUUACUUUGUUCGCACUCUUUUUACCAUUAUCCAUGCCAUUCUUCCUCCAAAACCCAAAUCUGAUAAGGAUAGUAAGAAGGACGCUUCCAGUGAUAAGAUGACUAUGUUUUCGAGUCUUGCAAUUGCAGACAAUAGGGAGAGGGCCAAGGAAAUCGAGAAGGAAAUUGAAGAGGAAGCUAAGCUGAAGAAUAGAGAGAGAGAAAGGGAAAGAGACAGGGACAGGGACAGGGACAGGGACAGGGACAGGCACAAGGGCAGGGACGGGGACAGAGACAGAGACAGAGAUAGAGUUAGAGACAGUAGAAAGGAUAGACACAGAGAUAGAUAUGACGAUGAGAGGGACGAUAGAAGAGAACGGGACAGGUACAGAGAUGAUGAUGAUAGAACUGACUCCAGGAGUAGGUCGAGACACAGCCGGCAUGACAGAGAUGGAAGGGAUGAAGAUGAUGAGAAUGUUGACAGUCGGGAUGGAGAGGAUAGAAGAGACCAUAGAAGCCGGCAGAAAGGUCGGUACCAUUCAGAUGAGCCUGAAGUGUACAAGGUUUAUGCAGGUCGGGUGUCAAGAGUGAUGGAAACGGGCUGCUUUGUUCAGCUGAAUGAUUUUAGAGGUAAAGAAGGUUUAGUACAUGUUUCUCAGAUUUCUGGUAAAAGGAUUGCCAAUGCUAAGGAUGUUGUGAAGCGGGACCAGGAGGUGCAUGUCAAAGUGAUUUCAAUGUCAGGACAAAAACUCAGUCUUUCAAUGAGGGAUGUUGAUCAGACUACUGGAAAAGAUCUACUUCCAUUGAAUAAGAGUUUGGAUGAUGAUGCUUUGAGGGCAAAUCCUUCUGACUCAAGCCAGGGUCCGAGAACUAGAACAGGGCUUUCGGGGAUUAAGAUUGUCGUGGAGGAUGAUAUUAUUCCAUCACGACGACCAUUGAAGCGAAUGAGCUCCCCAGAGAUAUGGGAAGCAAAGCAACUUAUGGCUUCUGGUGUUCUGGAUGCUAGGGAGCAUCCUAUGUAUGAUGAAGGAGAUGGGUUGCUUUACCAGGAAGAGGGUGCUGAAGAAGAGCUUGAGAUUGAGCUGAAUGAGGAAGAGCCAGCCUUCUUGCAGGGGCAGAGCCGAUACUCUAUGGACAUGUCACCUGUGAAGAUCUUCAAGAAUCCUGAGGGGUCUUUGAGUCGUGCAGCAGCACUUCAGUCUGCUCUUAUCAAGGAGCGAAGAGAGGUACGGGAGCAGCAACAAAGAACUAUGCUUGAUUCCAUCCCAAAGGAUCUCAACCGUCCUUGGGAGGAUCCAAUGCCAGAGACUGGUGAGCGGCAUCUUGCACAAGAACUGAGGGGUGUGGGUUUAUCAGCCUAUGACAUGCCAGAAUGGAAGAAGGAUGCAUUUGGGAAGUCAAUGACAUUUGGACAGAGAUCAAAGCUCUCUUUACAAGAACAGAGGCAGAGCUUGCCCAUCUACAAGUUGAAGAAAGAGCUUAUUCAGGCUGUUCAUGACAACCAGGUGCUGGUUGUAAUUGGGGAGACGGGAUCUGGCAAAACCACCCAGGUGACUCAAUAUCUUGCCGAAGCAGGUUACACGACAAAGGGCAAGAUUGGAUGUACGCAGCCCCGUAGAGUAGCUGCUAUGUCCGUUGCUAAGAGAGUGGCAGAAGAGUUUGGGUGUCGUUUGGGGGAGGAAGUUGGUUAUGCUAUUCGGUUUGAGGAUUGCACUGGGCCAGAUACUGUCAUCAAGUAUAUGACUGAUGGUAUGCUUCUCAGGGAGAUUUUAAUUGAUGAGAACCUCUCCCAGUAUUCUGUAAUCAUGCUUGAUGAAGCCCAUGAGAGGACAAUCCACACUGAUGUACUGUUUGGAUUACUAAAGAAGCUUGUUCAACGGCGACCUGAGCUUAGGUUGAUUGUCACUUCUGCCACAUUGGAUGCAGAAAAGUUCUCUGGAUAUUUCUUUAGCUGUAAUAUCUUCACCAUUCCUGGAAGAACAUUUCCAGUUGAGAUCCUGUACACAAAACAGCCAGAAAGUGACUACCUGGAUGCAGCAUUGAUCACUGUUAUGCAGAUUCACUUGACGGAACCAGAAGGCGACGUCCUCCUCUUCUUAACUGGUCAAGAAGAGAUUGAUCAUGCGUGCCAGUCUCUUUAUGAGAGAAUGAAGGGACUAGGGAAGAAUGUUCCAGAACUGAUAAUAUUGCCAGUAUACAGUGCCCUUCCAAGUGAGAUGCAGUCAAGGAUUUUUGAACCUGCUCCCCCUGGGAAGAGGAAGGUGGUUGUGGCUACCAAUAUUGCAGAGGCUUCUUUGACCAUUGAUGGAAUAUUUUAUGUCAUUGACCCUGGAUUCGCUAAGCAGAAUGUUUAUAAUCCCAAGCAAGGACUUGAUUCGCUGGUUAUAACUCCUAUUUCACAAGCAUCGGCCAAGCAACGUGCUGGACGUGCUGGGCGAACAGGACCUGGGAAAUGCUACCGCCUUUACACUGAAAGUGCUUAUCGUAAUGAAAUGUCACCGACCUCUGUUCCUGAAAUUCAAAGGAUAAAUCUUGGAGUGACUACACUGACAAUGAAGGCCAUGGGAAUCAAUGAUCUUCUGUCUUUUGAUUUUAUGGAUCCCCCUUCACCUCAAGCCCUCAUCUCUGCCAUGGAACAACUGUACAGUCUAGGGGCUCUGGAUGAGGAGGGGCUUUUGACGAAAUUGGGUAGAAAAAUGGCAGAGUUCCCCAUGGAGCCACCCUUGUCCAAGAUGCUUCUUGCUAGUGUGGACCUUGGAUGCAGUGAUGAGGUUUUAACUAUCAUUGCCAUGAUUCAGACAGGGAAUAUCUUUUACAGGCCUAGGGAGAAACAAGCUCAAGCAGAUCAGAAGAGGGCCAAGUUUUUUCAGCCUGAAGGGGACCAUCUAACUUUACUUGCUGUUUAUGAGGCGUGGAAGGCAAAGAAUUUUUCUGGACCCUGGUGCUUCGAGAAUUUUGUUCAGUCUCGAUCUUUGAGGAGGGCUCAGGAUGUCAGAAAACAACUUCUUACCAUCAUGGACAGGUACAAAUUGGAUGUUGUGAGUGCUGGGAAGAAUUUCACAAGGAUACGGAAGGCAAUUACAGCAGGAUUCUUCUUCCAUGGUGCUAGAAAGGAUCCUCAGGAAGGUUAUAGGACCUUAGUUGAAAACCAGCCUGUCUAUAUUCACCCAAGCAGUGCUCUCUUCCAGAGACAGCCAGAUUGGGUGAUUUACCAUGAGUUGGUAAUGACUACAAAGGAGUACAUGCGUGAGAUCACUGUUAUUGACCCCAAAUGGCUUGUGGAAUUGGCCCCAAGAUUCUUCAAGGUUGCAGAUCCAACAAAAAUGAGUAAACGCAAGCGACAAGAACGUAUUGAACCACUUUAUGAUAGAUAUCAUGAACCCAACUCUUGGCGUUUAAGUAAACGCCGUGCUUGAGCACAUUUCAUUUGUGGGCAGCAAGUUUUGUACCUUGUUUUAUUUGUCUACUCCUUGUACUGUACAUAUUGUUUCUCUAUAAUUUCAUGGAUUAAUUUUGAUAUCCCAGCAUCCCUCCUUGAAAGUAGUGGAGGGUUUUCUUUCAA